UUCUGUCCUUUUUUUCAGUAGUGAAAUUCCAAACCCUAGUCUGAAGAAAUGGAACUUGACAUCUUUCACACCAACAAGGGUAUCGAUCUAAAUCAAUACAAGGGCUACUAUAGUGAAGGGGCAUAACAGUAUGAUUGGCAGGGCAGAGGAUAGGAUCAGCAACUUACCCGACUCACUUGUUCACCAUAUACUGUCGUUCCUUGAAACCAAUGAUGUUGCUCGUACUAGCGUAUUAUCUCACAGAUGGAAUCACAUUUGGACCUCUAUCCCCAACCUUGAAUUUGAGUGGGAUGGAUGGUCUAAACCCAGAUAUUUGACUGAUAAAUUCAUAGAUUUUGUGGAUGGGACGUUGCAUCGUCGUUGUUUGUCAGAUAAUAGUAUACGGAAGUUCCAUCUCACAACAUCUGAGCAUUUGGAUGAAUCUCUCUUACAUUCAUGGAUCUCCAGUGUAGUAAGUCGCAAUGUCAAAGAUUUCAGUUUAUUCUUAUGCGCAAAUGACUCCUCGUGUAUACCCCUGUCCUUUUUUACUUGUGCUUCACUCACAUCAUUUCAUCUGACAGUUUAUCCAAUCCUUGAUUUUCCUAAUUACAUCUCAUUUCCAAGACUCAAACACCUUCGACUUGAAAAUAUUCAGCUUACCAAUCAGUGCUGGAGCGAGAAAGUUUUUCCAAAUUCCCCUGACCUUGAAGAAUUGAAUCUGGAAAACUGCCGAUUCUGUGACCCUAGUUUCUGUAUAUCAGUUCCUACACUUAAAAUUUUGAGAAUUGAUGGUACUCAUGGUUUAGACGAGUGCGCUCUAAAAAUUCACGCGCCAAAUCUUGUAACUCUCUAUUACACGGGUUAUGUUGCAAAAGAAUACGUCUUGUCUAGUUUUCUUAUGCUAGAGGAAGCAGUUGUUCACUUGUCUGCUCCAGGACCAAGGGAGGAAGAGACAGGUCAAGUUGAAGCAGUAAGACAGUUUUUUAGAGCCCUUACACAUGUAAAAUGUCUAACUGUUAAGAAUCCACCCUUACAGGCUAAAUAUUUGCCUAGGAAUUCGACAGCAUAUCAUAAUAUCAAACAGUUGAAAAUUACUCAAGAAGUGAACUCUGAUGUAGCAGUAAUUGCUUUGCUCAAAGUAACGCCUAAUCUGGAGUCGCUCGUAAUUGAAAAGAAGGAGCCUUUUCGUGGUAUUGGCCAUGUUUAUGAAAAGAAGGACGAUGAUAAUGAAGACGAUGGUUUGACACUUGAUAUGCUGGAUACCGGAUGUUUGUUUCUACACCUUAAAUCAGUUUGCUUUAUGCCUAUUAUUUGGGGCCCAAAGGAGAUUAGUUUUUUGAAAGUGAUUUUGAGGAACGCAAGAGCUUUGCAAUCGUUGACUGUCUAUCAUGAUAACUCAAGACGCCCUCUAAAAGUGGCAGAACAAGAACUUAUGGUGGAGAUACAAAAUUUUCCAAGAGCCUCAGAAAGUUGCACGUUUAAAAUCUCUAUUGGAAGUCAGUAAGGUAGUUGCAUUCCUUGUCAUGCUGCUGUAGGAGUUGUAGAAAAGUGAAGGCAUUGAGCUUACGUACUUUCCCGGAAUUUGUUUCCUAAGGUACAUGUUCAUCAUCCAUUUUUUUAUGCAGAAUAAUGUAGUGAGAAUGCUAGAAAUCCCAAACGACGGUCAUAUAUGCUAUUUAAGUAAACGCUGAUAGGUCCAUUGCUGCGCUUAUAAACAUAGUCGGAUACUAUAAUAUUUACUGCAAGUUAAGAAAUGACAGUAUAUUUUUACAA